AUGGCACCUAAGAAAAGUAUUAAGAUGGACUUGGGGUCCUUUUUGAAAGAUGACACUUUUGGGGGCAACUCAUGGGCCGACGAAGAAGUCGAUAUGAACUCUAUUGCGUUCAGUAUUGAAAAUCCAACUGCUAGCACCGAAGCACCAAUUGGAGGUGCGCCAAUCUUUUCUGGAGUUGGUGGUGGUAGAGGCGCAAUGGGCGGAGAAAGAAGAGAAAGAAUCAAGUAUCCAGUUCCCGAUCAUCCUCCAUUCCGUGCUCAUGUUACAAAUUUGCCAUGGGAAAUCACCGAGGAAAAAGUUGUUAGACAUUUUGAAGAUAGAAUGCAAGCAAAAGAUUGCAUUACCGAGUGUAAGUUACCUGUGGAUAGAGAAACUGGUCAAAUUCGAGGAUCUGCAUUUUUAACAUUUACCCUGCGUGCUUUCUUGGAGGAAAGUUUAAAUUUAUCAGCAACAGAUUUUCUAGGUAGGAUAAUGUAUGUCAAUGUAGCCCAGCCUAUAAAUGAUAGAUUUGGCGAGCGCAGAGGAGAAAUGGGAGUCGAAUUGGAUUGGGGAGCAGCUAGAGGCUCUCGAGUUGAAUUGCCACCUAGAGAACGAUCAUUUAGAGGAGAGGGACACAAUAGAGAAUUUAAGCCAAAGAGAGAAGAGCCAGAUUUGGACUGGGGUUCAGCUAGAGGUUCACAAGUUGAAUUGCCUCCAAGAGAAAGAUUCAAUAGAACAUCUAGUUUUGGUGAUAGCCACCACCACCAUAAAGACGGCGAAUCUAAUUUUGCACGUACUCCAAGAAGAGAAGAGCCAGAUUUGGAUUGGGGAGCAGUCAGGGGUUCACAAGCAGAAUUGCCACCUAGAGAACGAUCAUUUAGAGGAGAGGGACACAAUAGAGAAUUUAAGCCAAAGAGAGAAGAGCCAGAUUUGGACUGGGGUUCAGCUAGAGGUUCACAAGUUGAAUUGCCUCCAAGAGAAAGAUUCAAUAGAACAUCUAGUUUUGGUGAUAGCCACCACCACCAUAAAGACGGCGAAUCUAAUUUUGCACGUACUCCAAGAAGAGAAGAGCCAGAUUUGGAUUGGGGAGCAGUCAGGGGUUCACAAGCAGAAUUGCCACCUAGAGAACGAUCAUUUAGAGGAGAGGGACACAAUAGAGAAUUUAAGCCAAAGAGAGAAGAGCCAGAUUUGGACUGGGGUUCAGCUAGAGGUUCACAAGUUGAAUUGCCUCCAAGAGAAAGAUCUAAUAGAAAGUCUAGUUUUAACAGCAACAACAACAACAACAACAGUAGCGAACAACAUAACCAUACUCGUACUCCCAAAUCAGAAGAGCCAGAUUUGGAUUGGAGUUCAGCAAGAACUACACAGGCGGAAUUACCACCACGGGAGAAAUCUAAUAGAAAAGCAAGCUAUGGUGAAAAUCACCACAAUAAUAACGGGGAACAACACAACCGUACUCGUACUUCCAGAACAGAAAAACAAGAUUUGGAUUGGAGUUCAGCAAGAGGCACACAAGCAGACUUGCCACUUAGAGAAAGACCAAAUAGGUCUUUUAGCCAUAACAACAGCCAUAAUACCAAUGGAAAACAAAGUUCCGAUUCUGGACUAGAAUGGAAAAGGGGACAAUCUUUACCACAGCGUACAACAAAACCAUCAUCAUCACAGCAGCACAUUAGUAAUAAACGUAAUAAAGACGACAAAAAGAAAGCAGAGGAAAAGCAAGGUCCUCAAAAAUCACAAUUUUCUGUCUUGUCACUCGAUGAUGAUGAUGAAGAAGAAGAAGAAGAAGAAGAAGAAGAAGAACUAAAAGAAGAACAUGACGUUAAUGAAGGAGAAAUUGAAAAGUUGGAAUCAGAUACUGCUAAACUAACUGUGGCUGAAGAUAAACUAAAAUAG